AGAUACCUCUAUACCUCUAUACCCAUUUUUCUCUAGUUUAUCUUUUACUUCUUCGUUCCUUCCUCAGUCAAUCAUCUCCGUCGCCGAUCUCGUCACUUCAUUUCCCGCGCGUUGAUUUGGUACAAAUCGUUUAAUCAGAUGGUUGGAGGAGGAUUCAUCCAGCAAAUUCUCAGGAGGAAGCUUCACUCCCAAUCACUUGCAACUCCUGUCCUGUCGUUGUUUGCUUCGAAGAAAGUUCAUGAGGAUGCUGCGUCUUCUGGCGUAAGAGCACUUGCUGUCUUGGGUGCUGGAGUUACAGGACUGUUGAGUUUCUCUACGGUUGCAUCUGCUGAUGAAGCCGAGCAUGGAUUGGCCUGCCCAGAUUACCCUUGGCCUCAUGAUGGCAUUCUCAGCUCUUAUGACCACGCUUCGAUCCGUCGUGGGCAUCAAGUGUAUCAGCAAGUGUGUGCUUCUUGCCAUUCCAUGUCUCUCAUCUCAUACCGUGAUUUGGUGGGUGUUGCCUACACAGAGGAAGAGGCCAAAGCAAUGGCAGCCGAGAUCGAGGUAGUUGAUGGACCUAAUGAUGAGGGAGAGAUGUUCACCCGUCCUGGCAAACUCAGUGACCGCUUGCCUCAGCCAUAUGCUAAUGAAUCGGCUGCAAGGUUUGCUAAUGGUGGAGCGUAUCCUCCUGAUCUUAGUCUUAUCACCAAGGCACGUCACAACGGUCAAAACUACGUCUUUGCUCUUCUGACUGGUUACCGUGAUCCUCCUGCUGGCAUUUCAAUUAGAGAGGGGCUACACUACAAUCCUUAUUUCCCUGGGGGAGCAAUUGCUAUGCCCAAAAUGCUCAAUGAUGAAGCUGUUGAGUAUGAAGAUGGUGUCCCCGCCACAGAGGCACAGAUGGGUAAAGAUGUUGUGUCAUUCUUGUCUUGGGCAGCUGAACCAGAAAUGGAAGAGAGGAAAUUGAUGGGAUUCAAAUGGAUAUUCCUACUAUCUCUUGCUCUGCUCCAAGCCGCGUACUACAGGCGACUGAAAUGGUCCGUUCUCAAGUCCCGCAAACUGGUUCUCGACGUGGUGAACUAAAAGCACCGGUGGCUACACACAAGCCUUUCACUGGGUAAUAACGUAUCUCCAUUUUUUUCUUGUGCCAUAAAAAUCUUUAUCUCUAGAGACUUUUAUGAGGAUAAGAACGAAAAAUGUCUGCCUCAUAAUCAAACAUGAUUUUGAUAUUGUUACAUUUUGUAUUGUUUCUUUUACCAUACCGCUACGCCAUAUGGGUUCACCCUUCUGUUUUGUUUCAAUAAAGAAUAUGCUUUGUACUCGGUUUA